AUGGGUAGAUCUCCUUGCUGCGAGAAACAACACACAAACAAAGGUGCUUGGACAAAAGAAGAAGAUCAACGUCUCAUUAACUACAUCAAAACCAACGGUGAAGGUUGUUGGAGAUCUCUUCCAAAAGCAGCUGGCUUGCUGAGAUGUGGCAAGAGUUGUAGACUCAGAUGGAUUAAUUACCUUAGACCUGAUCUUAAGAGAGGAAACUUUACUGAACAAGAAGAUGAUCUUAUCAUCAAUCUCCACAACUUACUUGGAAACAAAUGGUCACUAAUAGCUGCGAGGUUACCAGGAAGAACCGAUAAUGAGAUUAAGAAUUACUGGAACACUCACAUCAAGAGAAAACUCUACAACCGUGGAGUUGAUCCUCAAACUCAUCGACCGCUUAAGGACUACGUGGUUCCACCACAAGCUCGUAACAACAUUAUCAUCAAAGAUGUUAGCAUUGUUAGCAACAGCAAUAAAGAUAACUAUGCCAAUACAAAGACUAAUGGAACCAAAUUGGUUUGUGAAGAUUCAAAUUCAAAUAGCAGUAGCGGAGUUAGCUCUGAUCAGGAAGCUUAUCAGCAUCAACAACUCAACUUGGACCUUUCCAUUGGUCUUCCUUCGUCGCAUCCUCAAAUUUUCCCAGAAAAGUUAAAAUUACAACAGCCACAAGAUGGUGAUGACCAAGAAGAAACAAAGGUUGCUCCUAGUCAUGGUGUGUGUCUGUGUUACAGUCUAGGGUUUCUGAGAAACAAAGUGUGUUGCUGCAACAAAGAUAUAGGUAAUACUGCUACUACAGCGGUCACUGAUAAUAAUAUGUAUAGAUUUUAUAGACCCAUGAAUAUUUAG